UUUUAAUCUCAGUUAAUUUUUAAGCUCUAUUUAAAGUUGAUCACUUACUAGCCCUUUUUUCUUUUUCUUUGUGUAUUAUAAACAUAUAUUUGUCCAUGACAGCUUAUACACUGCUUGAAUAGCCUCUUUCAAGGCGAAUAGCAUAAAGUAAUAUUUUAUUAAAACAGUCUCUCUCUCUUUUUUUUUGUGUAUGAUUGCCUGUCUUAAAAAGAGUAAAGCCAAAAAUAACUUACAAAAAGAGUAAAAUCUAUUUUUAAUUUUUUUUUCUUUCUUUUUCAUUUCUUCCUUUGCAAAUAUAUACACAAACCAUGGGAUUAAAUACAUGCUGCUUCUGUGUUCCUUUAAGAACUGGAGUCACUGUUAUUGCAACUAUCUCAUUUCUAUUUUAUUUGGCAUGUUUAAUAAGUUUCAUAAUGGGAAGAGAUGGUAUUCAUAGUUUCCCUAAAGAAGACCUGUCAGCUGUACUUGGUAUCUACUGGACUGCUGUAGCCGUUGUCAGUUUAUAUACCGCAAGUUCACUUCUUGGUAUCCUUGGUGGUGCCACACAAAAUCGAACUAUGAUCAAUAUCUUUCGAUUCUUGUAUUGGACAAUGGCUCUCUUGAUACUAGUGACAUCAACAGUAACAUGGAUCAUGAUGUUGGUUAAACGAAACAGCAUUGUGUCAGAAUGUCAAAGAUACCUUUUAGAACAAGAUAGUAAACAAAAUUCAUAUUAUACUCCAGUGACAUUACCUGACGGAAGAAUGGUUGCUCAUCAAGAAGACUGUACUAGUGCAACAAAACAAGUGAUCAUUAUCAUUGGCAUCUUUGUAUUCCUUGGUAACUUCAUACAGCUCUACUUUGCAUCGGCUAUUAAUGCCUAUGCACGCAGACUGAAAUCCAUUGGCACCAUUCAACAUCAUAAACUCCGUGAUAUGGAUGAGUUUCCAGAAACAGCCAAAAUGACGGUCUAUUAAUCUGAAUUUUAAAUUUAAUUGUACACAGAAUGCAGACAGAGAAAAAGACCACUGACACAGACACACUUUUUUUUUUUUCUUUAAUAAAAAUAUCUUUUUGAUUGAGUGUCCCUUCCCUUC